AAAUCAUCGGAGUGUAAAUUUGCGGUUUUACGUAAGGUUUACUUAUGGUGACGAAGAACUGAAACAAACGAUUUUCGUGACUCAAAAUUCGGUAGGGUUUGGACGAACUCGCGAUACAAACGAAUUGCAAGGGCGCUGACGUCAUAUUUCGAGUGGUCAGGUGAUGGUACGGUCAUGUGACCGAAGUAGGUGCGAGCAAUUAAUAAAUGACACUCAGCGGUUUUCCGAUGCAAUUCGUUAAUUUUUCGAUGUUGUGCCAAGACUCGGGGGCUCGUCUAAGCUGCCGAAUGCGGUCUGACCAAGAAAGUGCGGCGGUUCCUGUGAAGCAUUAAAGGUGUUCCACGGGCGAUGGCUGGCGAGGCCAAAGAGAAAAAUUGCGACAUCCAUUCCGUCCCUGAUGGCGGCUGGGGAUGGAUGGUCGUUCUCGGAGCAGCGCUGAUCAACACCGUUAAUCAGGCGCUGUUCUCCGUGUUUGGGCUGAUAUUUGGGGAAACGUUGAAAGAAAUGGCUCAGGGGAAAGCGACUGGGAUCACCCUCGUCAUGGCGGUCAGUGUUUGCGUGACGAAUUUCUCCGGAUUGUUGGUGGGCCCGAUGAUGAAGCGACUCAGCGUAAGGACCAUCACCAUAUUCGGGGUGUUUUGCGUCAGUUUCGGCAUGAUCACGUCCAGUUUCGCCACGCAGAUCUGGCACGUCGUCAUCACCUACGGGAUGUUUACCGGCUUAGGACUCGGAUUGGUGGCGUCAUCUACCUUUCUGGCGAUCAGCGAGUUUUUCACUACGCGAAAAAGUACGGCAGUCGGCCUAUCCAUGGCCGGGACCAGCGCCGGUCAAAUGGUCAUGCCCAUAUUCGUCGGAAUCCUGUUAAAGUACUACCAAUUCAGCGGUACGACUUUCAUAUUGGGCUGCAUCAGCGCUUGCGGAAUAGUCGGAGCCUUAUUGUUCAAGCCUCUGUGUUGUUGUAAAAAAACUCAGAUCGGCGAGAGUUCCAAAUACGACGUCAACAGCAAUCAGAACUUGCAGUCGAUCCAAGAUGACAAGCACAUUUCUGAGUCGCUACUGAAGGAAACGCGAGUGACCAUGGCGGAAGGCCAACCCAAUAGGAAGGGCAUGCCCAUUGUUAUCACUUCGAGCGAAAGUCUGGCAGAAUCGUCCAGAAGGCCCACGUGCCUCAGAAUGGUCGCCAAGACGUGGGACCUCCACCUACUCAAAGACUUCAAAUUCGUGCACAUGUCCCUCGGUCUGGGCUUAGCAUACGUCAGCUCCGUUAGCUUCAGCACCAUUUUCCCGAUGUUCCUGCAGGACGAGGUCCGGUUUACCAUGUGGGAGACCACCACGUGUAUGACGGCUUUAUCUGCCGCUGAUAUCGCGGGAAGGCUCACCACCUCCGAGAUUUGCAGAAGGUUUGGCCUUGGGAACAGGUCGCAGUUUAUGCUGGGAGCCGCGUUGCUGGCCGUCGCAAGAUCAUGUCUCGUAUACGUGACGGAAUACAAAAUGGUCUUGCUUUUCUCCGUCGUGGUGGGUUACGUAAGGGCAGUCACGGUGAUCAAUCAGAACUUGGUGAUCUCCGAGUACAUCCCCAAGAGCGAGCUACCAUCGGCUGUCGGUUUGAACAUGGUCGUCAAGGGAUUCUUCGUUAUGACCGUCGGAGAGCCUCUAGGCAUGCUAAAAGACGCUUUCGACUAUGACGUAUGCGUGCACCUUCUCGACGUCAUAUUGCUCUGCGUGUUUACCAGUUGGUCGAUCGAGAUCCUGAUCGGCAAGAGGCGUGGCCGCGACUCCAAGACAGAAACUUUCGCCACGUGAAAAGUCAGUGGCGUAGCGUUUCGCAGCUUUUGCGAGUGGAUCGCCACUUGAUGCAGCGAUCGAGACCUCGAUAUCGUGGGUAUUGUGGGAAAGUAUAGUCGGGAACAUUGACAUUGUAGUGUGAAACAUUCGAUGAAUCGAUUAAAUAUCGUUACGGUUUUAUAAA